CUGGACAGAAUGUUCGCUUCGACGUCACAAAGAAAUGAUGAUGGUUUGCGGGCGUCUUACAAUAUCUCGUUACUUAUAGCAAAAUCCGGAAAAACGCAUACUAUCGGAGAGAAGUUAAUUUUGCCAGCCGUUGAAGAGGUUUUAAAAACUGUUUUACACAAACCUGCAUCUGAUAUCAUAUCAAAGAAUUCCCUUAAGCAACAAUACUGUUGAAAGACGUAUUGAUGAAAUGAAUUCUGAUAUUGAAAGCUUCUUAUGUAAUUAUUUGCAAACGACCCAUUUCUCUAUACAACUGGACGAGUCAACUUUACCUGAUAAUGCAGCAUUAUUAUUUACAUAUGUUCGUUUUAUUAUGAAUAAAGAAAUCUACGAAGAACUGCUCUUCGCAAGAACUUUGAUAACCGACACUAAAGGUGAAUCAAUAUUUCAUGUUUUGAAGGAUUACUUCAUUGAAAAAGCAAUUCCUUUAUCAAAUAUAAUAUCAGUAGCUACAGAUGGAGCACCUGCCAUGGUUGGACUGGUGCAGACAACGGUCACUCUGGGAUCAGGAAUGGAACAGUAUUGUCUUUAGUGACGAGUCUCGAUUUUGUUUAGGCAUGCACGAUGGUCGUGCCAGGGUUAGAAGGCGACGUGGUGAAAGGAGGAAUCCACAGUUUUUUGUUGAAAGACAUGUUCAUCACACUGUUGGAGUUAUGGUUUGGGGUGCUAUAGCUUAUGGUUCCAGGUCACCUUUAAUCUUCAUCAGAGGUAACAUGAACGCGCAGCGUUAUAUCCACGAAGUUCUAGAACCUCAUCUUUUACCCUAUCUUGACACCCUGGCAGAUCCAACUUUCCAACAAGAUAAUGCCCGACCACAUGUUGCAAGAGUCACAAUAGACUUCUUUCAACAUAAUGCUGUCACAUUGUUACCAUGGCCACCAAGAUCUCCCGACUUAUCCCCAAUUGAGCACGUGUGGGAUAUGAUGGGUAGGAGAUUGCUCAAUUUGCAACGUCCUCCUCAAACUCUAGAAGCUCUUCGAGAGGAGUUGGUGGUUGCCUGGAAUGAGAUACCACAGGAGGACAUUGACCACCUGAUCAGAAGCAUGCCUAGGCGCGUUGGAGAAUGCGUAGCACAUCAGGGUGCAUCCACACAUUAUUAA